GGUAAAGACCACCUAUAAUAGCAAAUUGGCCGUUGGAUAAAAUCAGAAAACAUUACAGGAUAAAAAUUGGCGCGUGAUAACCGCGCGCUGCGAAGGCGGGAUCAUUUAACAUCAAAACCGCCUCCUCUUUAAUUUCUCUCUCAUAGACAUACGCUUUUGCUGUGAUGUUAGAAUUAAGCAAAAAAGUGAUGCCUGUAACAGUCUAGCACUAACAAGAAACCACACUCCUUCGCAUGAUUUUUAGGGUUUUGCGAUUCUCGUAUAUUCAUUGAAGCAAAUGGACGAGUCAUCUUUGCAACUUGUAUCGGAAAUCGGUACUCAACUCGGUCGACUCUCCCGUCCUAACAAAGAUUUGCUUGUCAAAUCUCUUCGGCAAGCUGCGAGUGCAUUGGCUCAAAUUGAGCAGCCUUCGCCAUCCGAAGCUUGUAAAAAGACACAGGGGGCGAAGAAGCUAGAAGCCGCCUUAAAGCCCCUUGGCAAAUCUGUCAUUAAGCACGGCCUUCUUCGGCAUAGUGAUAAAGAUGUUAAACUUCUGGUGGCCAUUUGUAUUACUGAGUUUUUCCGCAUCCUCGCGCCUGAACCACCUUUCGAAGACAAAUAUCUUAGGGAUAUUUUUCAACUUAUUCUCAGCAUGUUUGCGGAGCUUGCUGAUACAAGUAGCCCAUACUUUUCGAGGAGGGCCAAAAUGUUGGAGACUGUUGCUAGGUGCAAAUGCUUUGUUAUUUUACUGGAUAUCGGCUGCAAUGAUUUAGUUUCUGAAAUGUUCAACAUUUUCUUCUCUGUUGUGAGGGAAAGCCAUCAGAAGAGUUUGAUCAACGAUAUUUUAUCUAUAAUGACACAUAUUAUAAAUGAAGAGUCUUCUUUGUCACUUUCAGAUGUGAUUCUGCGAAAUCUUGUGAAGGAAGGAACGGCUGUAUCUGCUGUAGCUUCUCAACUGGCGGUUUCUGUCAUUGAAAGUUGUGCUGAAAAGCUUGAGCCCUUUAUUUGUGGAUUUUUAACAUCUUGUUCCUUGGAUAGAGAUGCUGUCGAUAAUGAUCUGAAAGAAUUUUACCAUGAAAUCUUGUUUAAAGUUUUCCAAUGUGCUCCACAGAUGCUUCUGGCUGUCAUCCCUAACCUGACCCAAGAAUUACUUACCGAUCAGGUUGAUGUCAGAAUAAAAGCUGUUAAUUUAGUUGGAAAGCUGUUUGCACUGCCCGAUUACCAUGUUGCACAAAAGUACCACAAUCUUUUUAUAGAGUUUAAAAAUAGAUUCUAUGAUAAAUCCGUAGAUGUUAGACUCAAUGCUAUACAAUGUGCUAAAGAUUGCUACAUGGUCAGUCCAACUGGAAAAGAAUCAUCUGAGCUUCUUUCUGUCCUUGAAGGCCGAUUGCUGGAUUUUGAUGACAGGGUAAGAACACUUGCAGUGGUUGUUGUUUGUGAUCUUGCUAGGUGUAACUUGAAAUUUUUUCCUCCCGAAUUAUUAUCAAAAGCUGUUGAAAGGCUUCGGGAUAAGAAGAUAUCCGUUAGGAAGAAGGCUUUGAAAAAGUUGAUGGAGGUAUAUCAAGAAUACUGUAACAAGUGUUCUGAAGGCUACUUGACUAUAGGAGACCACUUUGAAGAGAUUCCUUGUAAAAUAUUGAUGCUUUUUUAUGAUAAAGAUUGCAAAGAGUUCAGGUCCCAGAACUUGGAGCUUAUUCUUGCAGAGGAUUUGUUUCCAGCUCAUCUUUCUGUUGAGAACAGAACUAGACACUGGAUCCAUUUCUUUUCUCUUUUCACUCCUCUUCAUGUGAAGGCACUGAACUCUAUAUUGUCUCAGAAAAGGAGGUUGCAAAUUGAAAUGCAGAGUUAUUUAUCUCUACGGAAAAAAGAGAAGGAAAAUAGUUCAGAAGAAAUGCAGAAGAAAAUUAAAAAAUAUUUUCUGAAAAUGUCAGCAUCCUUUCCAGAUCCUUCUAAAGCAGAAGAGUGCUUUCAAAAAUUGAAUCACAUGAAAGAUAACAACUUUUUUAAUUCAUUGGAGAUGUUGCUGGUUGAGCAGACAAUUACAAAUGUCCAGGCAACAAGGGAUAAAUUUUUGAAAAUGAUGGGAGAUAAACAUCCACAUUUUGAAUUUCUACAACUUCUCUCCUCAAAAUGCUCAUUCAAUGUAUUCAGCUCAGAACAUGUUUGUUGUGUUUUGAACCAUCUUUCCAGUAAUGAAUCUGGAAAUGGAAGUUUGGAGGCUUCUUCUGCUAAACUGCUUCUGGUUAUCAUCAGCGCUUUCCCGUCACUCAUGAGAGGAUUUGAAGAGCAGUUUCGCUUGCUAUUACAGGAGAAACAUCUGUUAAGUGAUGUGCUGAUCGAAACCUUAGCAAAAGCAGGUCCCUGUAUAUCGGUCAAAUUCAGCGAUUUUUACCCUUUCUUGGAGAGGGCUUGUCUUGAGGGAACUAGGGUUCAGUCCAAGAAAGCUGUUUCUGCCAUUGCUUCCUUGAUUGGUUCUUCUGAGCAGUUCAUUUUCUCCAAACUUUGCAAGGAACUUGUAGAUUCUCUUCAUAGAGGGUGGAAAACUCCUACCAUUUUACAGUCACUGGGAUGUAUUGCACAGCAUUCUGUUUCGGCAUUUGAAGAUCAAGAUAGAGAGAUCAACUCAUAUAUAAUUGGAAAACUUUUUCAAGCUGAACAACCCGAUGAUCUUACAUCGUCUGAUGAGAGGUCAGAUUGCUGUCCUUCAUGCAAAUUGAAGAUUUAUGGGCUGAAAACACUUGUCAAGAGCUUCUUGCCUCAUCAAGGAUCUCAUGUCAAUCGCCAAAUUGGUGACUUGCUGGAUAUUUUAUUGAAGUUGCUGCAAACGGGCGAUGCUUUUGAUGGAAUCAUCUCAUGUGCAAAUGACAAACCACUUGUGAGACUAGCUGCUGCAAAAUCUGUUUUGCGCCUUUCUAGAAGAUGGGAUUUGCAUAUAUCUCCAGAAAUGUUCCGCUCAACGAUUUUGAUAGCAAAGGACUCUUCUUGUUUGGUCAGGGGAUUGUUCCUUAAUAAAGUACACAAGCUGGUGAAGGAGCAUGCUAUACCUAGUAGAUAUGCGUGUGCUUUCACAAUUGCUGCACCCGAUUUCCAAGAUGCUCCAUUUAAAUACAUGGAAGACUUUAUCAAGGAAUAUAGUAUUGAAGCUCGAAUUCGCCAAAACUCUGCUGUUGAAGGAGGGUCGCUUACAGACUAUCCUGCAUAUGUAGUUGUAUUCUUGAUCCAUAUACUUGCUCAUGACACUUGCUUUCCACCUGAAGAUUCUCAGGAUGAACAAGAGUAUGCUCAUUUUUGCAGGCCAUUGUUUUGGGUUGUGCAGGCAUUGUUAAAUGCUAAUCUGGUGAAUGGCGAUAUGGAUCUCGUUAAUGAUGCAGUCAUGUAUUUGCUAAGUAUUUUUCGUGCAAUAAAAAGAGCUGAUGAUGCUGUUGAUGCAACUAAAACUCCUAAACUGCAAAUUCUGGCGGAGUUUGGGAUCUCCAUUGUAAAUGCAUUAAAUCUUAAUGGCGUUACGUUAUCACGUGCUCCUGGGAUGAUUUACCUGCCGUCAUCAUUAUAUAGCUUAAGCUGUGUUAAGAAGUGUGAUGAGGGUAAAUUAAAAUGUCCAAAUCGAUUUCCACUUGAUGAGAGUUUUGUCAAGAGGGUAGCUCAUUGUCUCAAAUCUCAAAUCUCUGUGCCAGCUAGCAUCUUUCCAAAACGUGGUAGAAAGUGUCAAGAAGAUACAAUACAGUCUGCCAAAUGCUACACGUUGAAUUCUGCAUCAGUGGAUCAUGCUAAUUUGUCACGAACUGAGACAGCAGAAGUGCAAAAACCUGUCAUUUUAGGAAAUAGAGAAAAACGUGAUGCUUCUGAAUUAUUGGGUAUGCACAAUGAGGUGUCCACAGGUUAUGCUUUUAAAAGCUCUAAACCCGUUUCGAAGAAAGGCCUUUCUUCGUGGUGUGAUUCUGCAAGCACAAAGCCUGUGAAUAAAUCACUGGCUUUAAUCCAGAGUGAAGAUAGAAGUUUUCCUUCUUUGAAAGCGAAAAGUAUGGCUAAUAGCAUUCUUACUGCUGAGUCUUACAAACAGUCCGCAGCCAAACUAAAUGAACCUUCUUGUUCAAAGUUAUUUAGUACUGAGACUAAAGCAUUAAUCGGAAAGCGAAUCAAAUUGUUAUCUCCUGUUGAUAGAGGUUACUAUUCAGGCACCAUUGCUGGUUUUAAUCCUGGGAACAAUACUCACAAGAUCUCAUACGAUAAUGGUGAUGUUGAGUUAUUAUGCUUAGAAAGUGAAAGCUGGGAGGCUAUUGGUGAUAAUCCACCAACACAAAAGAUUUUGUUUUGUCAGGAAAAGACUUUGGCUGAUGACUUUAACUCAUUCGAUUCAAGUGAUUGUGAUCUCAUUGGAUGCUCUUCUCUUAAGAAUAUGGAGGGAACUGUGGAUUCAUUUGGAAAUGGUGCCACCACACGCUCAAAACACUUAUCAAAUAAGGAAAAUAAGAUGGUUCUUAAUGCAAAAGGAAGGAAAGGACAGAGAGUUUCCUCAAAUAUUUCAGUAUCAGAAGUUACCAGCGUCAAUGAAGAUCCUCUUGUCAGAAGGACGCGAAGACGGAAAACGUAAACUGAAAGAGUAAUUUGCCAUCCAUGCGCCUGCAAUUCCGAUGGUCCAAAAGCACCAGCGGGUUGAGAAUGACCAGGUUGUGUAAGCUCACACCUAAUGAUAUUGCUGGAUGAACCACUAUAUUUACUUAAUUAUCAAAUAUUAGAUUAACUAUAAGCCCAAAAAGAAAGAUUAACUGUAUGCCAAGAUAUUCGUCUCUGGAGUUCUGUAAAUUCUGUGCAUAUAUAUAUACAUCCCAAGUGAUCAUAAAUGUAUAAAAUACUAUGUUGCAUACAAAAUAUAUUUGCUAGCGUUGUUAGUUGAAUUACUAUAA